AUGAAUAAAAUACGCGCAAUUCAAGCGCUGAAUAAGAAAGAAAUCGAAAAUGGAAUCACCCCAGAAGGAUCAUGGCAUACAGACUAUCGCGACACAGCCUACGUCUACUUUGGCGGUCUACCUUACGAACUAUCCGAAGGCGACGUUAUCACGAUCUUCUCACAAUUCGGAGAACCUGUCUUUCUGAAGCUCGCUCGCGACAAAGAGACUGGCAAGUCGAAGGGUUUCGGAUGGCUUAAGUACGAGGACCAAAGAAGUACCGAUUUAGCAGUCGACAACCUGGGUGGAGCAGACAUUGGCGGUCGCUUGAUCAGUGUUGAUCACGCGAGAUACAAGGCGCGAGACGACGAAGAUCCAGAUGAGUAUAAGGUCGGCUGGGAGGAUAUGGCCAAGCGUGAGGGACAGGCCAUGUCGGAAGACGAGAGUAGCGAGGAGGAGGUGAAGCGACCCAUGCUACCAGAAGAGAGGGAACUUGCGCUCCUGAUGCAGGACCACGAUGAUGACGAUCCUAUGAAGGGCUUCCUUAUCGAAGAAAAGAAGAAAGAAGUCGAGGAGGCACGGCGCAAAGCAGAGAAGAAAGAUCGUAAACACAAGCACAGACACCAUCGAUCACAUCGAUCAAGAAAAGAUGAGGGCGAUGAAGACAAGCAUCGCAGAUCGAGACGAGACGAGACGCCCGUGGACAAAGACAAACGACACCAAGAUAGGGACUCGCGACGCAGAGACGACGAUAAAGAUAGAACUAGGAGGCGGGACGGGGAUAGGGACAGACCUAGGGAAAGGAAAGAAGGCGAUGACCGUGGACAUGACCGAGAUCGAAGGAGGGAGCCCGAUCGAGAGCACAGAAGGCAGAGAGAUGACAAUGAGGAGUCACGGCAGAAACGACGCAGAGAAGACGACUACGAGAGCAAAAAGUCGAGAAAACGGAGUAGGAGUCGAUCGCCUCGACGGCGCGACGAUUAA